GUGAGGCUUAAGAAAAAAUAAAAAAGAGAAUUUGUGGGAAUCCAAUCAGAAUAUGGGUUCAGAGAUACGUGUUUCAUAAGCAAGUUGGAGAAAGUGGUCAGUGGAGAGUGAGAAGUAGUCACUGAACCAUCAACGUCGGAAACCGAAUCCGAAACCAAAAACGGUUCCAAAUGUUGAACCCCGAACCGCCGCCGCCGCCGAUGAUGGUUCCGCCGGCGACACCGAUGAACCGCGAAACGACGUCGCUAAGGAAGAAGAACAGACUCCGAACUCGAACUCGAAUUCCACCUUUCGACGUGGACUCCUCCUUCUUCACCACGCCGAUCUCCUUGCAAGGCACCACAAAAUCAAACGCGAUCUCCGUGGAGCAAUACGACGGCGUUUCCGCUUCCGCUUCCAGCCCCGUCCACGUCAUCAACCUCUCUGAUACCGAGGACGACGACGAAGUCCGAAUCCUCAACUUCACUCCCAUAAACACGUCCUUCGGAAAACGCAGCAAGAAAUCAUCAUCCAAAGGAGAGUGCUCCAACUCCGCAUCGUUCGUCUGCGAAAUCUGCACCGAAACGAAAACCGCCAGAGACUCCUUCUCGAUCAUCGGAUGCCACCACGUGUACUGCAACUCCUGCGUGGCGCAGUACGUCGAAUCGAAGCUCGAAGAGAACAUCGUUAGCAUCCCCUGCCCCGUGCCGGGAUGCAGGGGACUACUGGAGGCUGAUGAUUGCCGUGAAAUUCUCGCGCCUCGCGUCUUCGAUCGGUGGGGAAAAGCCUUAUGCGAGGCUGUGAUUGCUGCUGAAGAAAAAUUCUAUUGUCCCUUUGCGGAUUGUUCUGUUAUGUUGAUUAGAGGGAUCGAGGAAAACAAUAUCAGAGAAGCUGAAUGUCCUAACUGUAGGAGGCUUUUCUGUGCGCAGUGUAGGGUGCCCUGGCACGAUAAUAUGCCCUGCGAGGACUUUCAGAAACUGAACGCGGACGAGAGGGAUAAGGAGGAUAUCAUGCUGAUGAACCUCGCCAAUCAAAUGCAGUGGAAGAGGUGCCCCCGGUGUAGGUUCUACGUCGCCAAAUCGGAUGGAUGCAUGUACAUGAAAUGCAGGGGAAAGACGCAGAAGCAGCUGCUUUUGCUGAUCCACUAUCGAAAGGUAGCCAGUGUUUACUAAAUACCCACUGGUGUGGAAACGCCUUCUGUUACAACUGUGGAGCUCCCAACUUAACCAGCUCCCAUAGUUGCAGCUAUUGUUUUCGUUAAUGAUAUUAUGGAACCAAAAGAGGAUUUGAACAAAUUACUUCAUGCAAACUACCUAAACUCAUCCCAAACACCCCACACCUAGUGACUUUAUUUAUGCAUUAACAUUAUUCAGUAUAGCUUAUAACUAUUUAGCCUUUUCAAGUAUGAGAACAAUUUCCAAAUCUGUUUGCAGUAUAUGACUUUAUGAAUGCAUAAUAAUGGCUAUGUAUCUUUAGCCGCAAUACGGUUUAUUUUCUUUUAUUUAUUUAUUUAUUUUACCUUA